AGAUUCUUCUCCAUCUUGCUUUCAAGCGAGUUAUUUAAAUUUUAAAAUUAGAAAAGAAAGUUUAAGGAAAACUUCAAGUCGAAUGAUGCACCUGAAUGAUUCAACUCUAAAAAUCAGACAACUCUUCAGAUGUUCUGUUACUGUAUUGACUGCAGGUGGUACGAGCACACCACCAGAAAGCUGAGGCUCGGUUCGUACAAACAUAUUUAUAAAAGACUUUGUUUCAAUUAUUUUCGCUUCUUGUAAUUGAAAAUAUUUUAUGAUUUUGUUUCCACGCCUGCUCUGGAUAGUUAAUUAAUUUUGAACGCGUAAGAAUUGCAAUUACUAUAUCUGCCUCAAAUUUGGUGGUAUUUGGCCUUUUCGUAUUAAAAAUACUAUUUUAAUAUUGUUGCAUUGUUUAGAUUGCGAAUUUACUUACCAAAGUAAACAUCGGUGUCUUCUUGUCUAAUCGUGUUUGCCUUUUUGCUUAUAUUCUAAUUAGUAGAUAUGACUGCCAGCACUUAUAGUAGUAACGCAAAUAACUAUGAGUUUAUUCCUUGCAAAGAAUUAACUUGGAACCUUUCGCGGUCUCAUUUGACGACUCAGUAUAAGUCAUUUUACAUGUGCUUCGAUGAUGGAUCAUUUGGAUAUAUUCAAUUUGCAUACGGAAAUCUCGGAUUAUUCGUGAAGGUUGCUCCAUUAGGAUGGACUUACUAUCCUUCAAAAGAUGAACCUCUCCAAGAACCCAUUAUCUCCAGUUCUACGUACCUGUACAGGAAUAUGAAGGUUUCCAAGGAUCGAUAUAGUGUUGACGUUCAUAAACACUUCAUGCAUUUUGAUGUUAAUUCGCAAAACUGGCGUGUAAGGAUUGAGGGAAUGUACGAUCUUACCAUACAAAUGAAAGACAACGGAUUUGGUUUAACGGAUUUUGGCCAGAAAAAUCUUGGAGGGUACAUGGAACAUAAAAUAUUUCCAGUCAGUUCUUUGAAAGGUUCCGUCACUGCACACGGAACCACAAGGGAUGUUACUGGUACUGCUGUCUUUAUUGACGCGAUGUUUUUUAAAGAUAAGUUCACCAAUUUGGGACACACUUGGCAAAACAGCUUGCUGUUUGACGAUUCAAAAAAGAAUGUUUUAACUUGUUUGCAUUAUUUUCCCCGAAAUUCGGAAGACACAUUCCGAUCUCAAGCUAGUUUGACUCUAGAUGACAAGCUGGUUGCUGUUCUCUUGAAAAACGAAUAUUCAACGAAUGGCUCUUCUCAGGUGGAAGGGGUACGAUACCAAUUACCAACCCAUAUCGAUCGAGUGCUCACGGGAUCUACGCUUGACGACAAGCCUAUCCGUGUACAUUUGGCAUCAGAUCUUGAAGAAGUUCAAAGUAUCACUGAUGUAUUAAAUAUCUUUCCAAAAUGGGCAAAGGACAUUGUAUCAAUAUGGGCUGGUCUUCCUUAUGUUUUUGUAUGGUUACAACGUUUAAAAGCUGAUGUUUAUAUAGAUGACCAGCUAGUUUCUACUUUGUCGGGAUGCCAUUACGUGGAGCAGACUUGUGUCCAUAUGCCCCAUUAAAAAACUUAACUAUGGUCAUUUUUGGGUCAAUAAAGGAAAAAAACUAAAGAAAAACAAUCCACCUUCUCAGGUUUGAUGACAUUUUUACCUUCCCUGUUUUUAAGAGACAGACAUGCUUUGGCUUUGGCUAUUGACUUUAUUUUUGGCUUUAUUUAUUGAAUUCCUAUGUUAGUAAUUUCCUUCGGCAAACUUAUCAAGGAUUGUUCAGUGUCACCUAUCACCCUUAUCCCGCUAGUCCUCAGCCUUAGGACGCUUUUCUCAGUAAUUUAUGUGGUUUUCGUUGUGAUUCUUGUAUUAAGAAAACUUACACUUUCGCAUUCCUAUAUACUAUUCCUCCUCCGGUAGUGGUGCACUUACUCUUUAAGAACUUUUUGGUUGAUUAGUUUUGUGAAGCUUGUAAUUUUAGACUUCAAUAACUAUUUAAAUACUAAUUAUUUUGAAACUAUAGAGCAAACGUU